AUGGCACGAUGUUGGCAGUGUGAUGCAUCUGCUUCCGUAAAGAGAUCAAAGGAUGGUAAACCUGCUUGUGUCGUUUGUUUCACUGAUGCCUUCGAAGCGGAAGUGCAUGAUGUGAUUAAAACUUACGGUUUGUUCGACAAAGAUAAGAAAGUUGCUGUGGGAGCGUCAGGUGGUAAAGAUUCAACGGUAUUAAUUCAUGUGUUGCAUAAACUGAAUCAGAAGCAUGGUUACGGAUUGGAUAUCAUUUUGCUUUCAAUCGAUGAAGGAAUCACAGGUUACCGUGAUGAUUCACUGAAAGCUGUUGAAAGAAACCGAAAUGAUUACGGAUUACCAUUAGUCGUAAUGACUUAUAAACAACUGUAUGGUUGGACAAUGGAUGAAGUUGUGUCGGCGGUUGGUGCCAAAAAUAACUGCACUUUCUGCGGUGUUUUUCGAAGACGUGCUUUAGACAGGGGCGCAGUUGAAUGUGGAGCAAAUAUUAUUGCAACAGGGCAUAAUGCUGAUGAUAUGGCAGAGACAGUGUUACUUAACAUUUUGCGAGGCGAUUUGGCGCGGUUGCAACGAUGUACCGAUAUUGUAACAGGAUUGGAAGAUUGUUUGCCUCGAACAAAACCUCUAAAAUAUGUCUUUGAAAAAGAUAUUGUGAUGUAUGCACAUUUUAAUAGGCUGGACUAUUUUUCUACGGAAUGUAGAUAUGCACCUGACUCCUUCCGCAAUUACGUGAGAAUGUAUGUCAAGAAGUUGGAGAGGCUACAACCGAAAGCGAUUUUGGAUUUAAUAAGAUCAGGCGAGACCAUUUCUGCCCGUAGUGAUGUUUCUUUCCCCGUAUUGAUCACGUGUGAAAGAUGUGGUUGCAUGUCGUCACAGAAGCUUUGUAAAGCGUGUCUUUUGCUGCAGGGUCUAUUCACGAACGAUUUUAACUUGGGCGUGAAAAAGGUUGAUAGUAAAUCUUGCAAUUCGCCACAAAAGUUUGCAUGA